AUGGCUACAAGUGAAUUCGAUUUGAAAUAUCUGGCCGACUCUUUGGAGAAAUGUAAACAAGAAGAUGGUACAGUAUCGAUGGAUGACUACCUUGAUGCCUAUGAUCAGAUAUCCAAAUUCCUGCAACUACUUGGAUCCAUCUUCACUUUUGUUGUGUCUGAUGUAAAUGAAAAGAUUCAAAUUUUACGAGAUUACCGUAUGGGGCCUGAUGCAGACCAGUAUGUCACCAUUGAUAAGAUGAUGGGACAUGAGAUUCAGCACCAGUUAACAAAAAAGAAUAAACCAUCUGGCUCAAGGACUUUGCUGCGUUUACACCGGGCAUUUGAAUUUGUCAUGGACUUUAUUCGGGAAAUGAGAUUUGCCAAUGAUGAUGCAAGAAUGUCUGAACUAACAAAAACUUGUUACGACAGAACCCUUGCCAAGUUUCACCCUUGGCUUGUCCGACAAGGUGUCUAUCUUGCUGCCUACACAUUGCCUAGAAUUUCACAGUUUAACGUUAAAAUGAAAAGUAAAGAAGAUGCCAAUUCCCACAUGGACAGAGUGCUUCUGUUUUCCAAACCAGUAUAUGAUACAGUGCAGGAUCUUUACAUCACAAACCAACUUGAUAACUUGCCUUAA